GGGAGGGGGAGGGGGGGUCUGAUUGACAGCUGCUGCGGGGACUUUUAUUUUUAUUUUGUUCUUUGUCUCUGCGUUUUGUUGCCGUCGUCGUUGCAAACAGAUUGUGUCUUCCGGUCGGUUGUUUGCAAACUGCUUUCAGGGCAGAAAAGUUUCUGGCGCUCGGACCCGCGCAGCCGUGACCCUGAUUCAUAGGAACCAUGAAGCGGCUGUAUCUCGUCGAACCUGUUAUUGCUCUUACCGCCUUGGCUUCUCUACCAACAUAUCCGUUAAUUCAACAGUAUAUUUAUCGCAGGACAUGGGAGGAGCAGACUAACAGCAGCUACAUUGAUCAUGGAAAUGUCACCUUCUGCAAUCAGAAUCGCAGUGAUCCUGCCUUUGUGAAACAAGAAGAGGUUCAGAAAAUGACUUCCCACUUUUUUAUGUGCAUGGAGUUGGCUGUGUUUCUCCCCGGUUUCAUUGUUACCUUUAUAUUGGGCUCCUACAGUGACCGUCAUGGACGUAAACUGUCUCUCCUCCUUCCCUCAAUUGGGAGCCUGUUUAAUAGCCUGGCUUUUUUAGCAGCAUCUUACUUUUCUUGGCCAAUUAAUUUGCUGUUUAUACCAGUGAUCCUUACUUCAUGUUUUGGUGGCUUCACAACUUUGAUUGGGGGAAUUUUUGCAUAUGUAGCAGAUGUCUGCACUGGCAAGCAAAGAAAUAUGCGCAUGGCAUUGGUGGACAUGAUCAUUGGAGUGAUGGGUGGGGUUGGGGUGCUGUCAAGUGGCUAUUUCUUAAAUGCUGUGGGUUUUAACUGGCCAUUUUUGACCAUCACAUUGAUUAAUUUUGUCAAUAUCAUGUACAUCGUGUUUUUCCUUGAAGAAACUGUGAAUAAAUCAGAAAACGAAUCAAAUGGAGUAUCUGGUUUUGACCGCCUCAGAGAAAUAUUCUCUGGGAUCUCUGUUCUUUACACUAGUUCUGAUGUGAGGAAACGAAUACAAAUUAGUCUGUUGCUUUUUAUUUUUUCGAUGUACAUACUUGCUAAUUUUGGUAGUGCAUCACUUUUUAUUCUUUAUGAACUGAAUGCUCCCCUUUGCUGGAAUGAAAUUCUUAUUGGUUAUGGCUCUGGCGCUGGACUGCUUGUGUUCCUGACUAGCUUUGUGGGAGUUGCUCUGUUUUCCUGUUGUCUCAAUGACGUUUAUAUAGUGCUGAUCGGCAUAUUUUCCUUCGUUGGAGCAAUGAUCAUGACCAUCUUUGCCACUACUACUCCACUCAUGUUUCUAGUCAGACUGGUUAGCCUGUUUGCCAUGAUGCCACUCCCUGUCAUUCGAUCAAUGCUAUCCAAGAUUGCUUUACCCAGUGAACAAGGUGUUCUCUUUGCCUGUGUAGCCUGCCUGGAAAAUUUAAGUGGGACCCUUUCCUCUGUAAUUUUCAAUAGCAUUUAUGCUGCUACUGUUUCACAUUUUGCAAGCCUUAGCUUUCUGAUAUCGGCAUGUUUAUGCAUUAUUCCAAUAUCUGUUUUGUGCUUCCUGCUGUGCUGGAAAUCUGAAGACGAGGAUGCUACCCAUCUGAUUGACGAUGAGCUUCCAGCUCUACUGGAGAAUGAGGAGGAGAUUGUGGGCAGCUAAUUGAUGAUGAGGGUUGUAUAGUGAAUCCUUGAUCGAAUUUGCAUCAGAGGGAGCUUACCUUGUGAUAUUUUCCUGCUUCACAACGCUCGUCAUGUCAAAUACAUUGGCUUCUUCUUGUCAUAAAUAAUAUUUACAUGUGCAACUAAUGCAUUUCAAUGUGCACUAGAAAUAGACAGAAAACAGAAAGCACUUAUGAAGCACUGACAGUUAACCCUUUCAUACCAGCCCAGUGUAUGAUACUUUCUGGUUUUAUAUAGUUGCUUUACCCUUAAUAAUUUGCACUAUCAGAGCAAUUGAUGGUAUCAGGUGAUGCGAUCUAGCUUUCAGUUGCCAGAAUUUAUUCCCUAUAAUACCUUUUUUUGUGCUGAUUUUCAUCCAUUCAAUCUGGAUUAUGAUACAGCCUUGAAAUUUAGCAGGCACUAUGCUUAAUGCAAUUCAUUAAACAAAAUACAUUUUCCAUACCCAAUGUGAUGAACACGCUUUGAAUAUUUCAGUCAGUUUGUAAAUUAAUUGGCAACAUCCAUACAUCCCUCAUCACUUGCAACCAAACCAGUUGACCUUUGCUUAAUUUUCCAAUCUGGGCUACAUGUACUCAGGCUGUAGUGCUCAAUGUAGAGUCAGAUCAAAAGACGACAAGAGGUUUGGAUGAAAGAUUUCUUUCAGCACAUUUGAUCUCAUUCUUUCAGAAUAUCCAGUCCUGCUAUUUGAGCAUCAAACUGAAAUCCAAUGUCUUGACUUCAGGUAACAUUCUGUUUCAACUGUCCUUUCUAGUAACCUGCUCCAGUUAUUAUUUACCCUCUAUGUAGCGAAAUCCUUCCUUGUGUGCCCUUUACUGUUUGAAAACCCAACCCUGUAUCCUCUUUUUCAGUGUUUCAUUGCAUCACGUUCUCAAUCCCACUAAAGAUCCUACCAAAGUUCCCCUCUGAGAUGUGUCUUUUCAAGAGUGAAGAGCUUAGCUUGUUUAAUCAUUUCUCAUAGUUCAUUCCUCCUCAGUAAUCUCCUCCGCACUGUCCCUGGGUCCUGGUCUACUCACUUAUGUCAUAGACCAAAUUAUGCGCACUUUGAUAUUCAACAACAACAACUUGCCCCUCACGCAGGGUGGUGUCUCAGAGCACUUAUGUACAAAGAAUAGGAGGGGUCUCAGUGCAGAUCUUCUCGCUGUUUUUCUGAAGGAGCUAUCUAGUGCUGUUACAAUACCACUAAACACACUGCUGUAAUAUGUCCAAUAGUCCUUGAACAUAUUCAAGACUAAGAUUGAUAGAUUUCUUACU